GCGUUUUUUUUUGAUUCAUCUGAAUCUCUUUCUUUUAUGCUAAUAAGCUUCGCAAACUUAAGCUUCUUAAAUUUCGUCCCGGAUUAAGUUCGAUUCCGGCGCUCUACUUUCUCCCGGAAUAUUUUGUGCUUUUCUGUGAAUAAUGGCGAGAGCUGGAGCUGGAAACGCGAACGGGAGAACGGCGGUUCGGAUUGUCGUGGCCGGAGACCGCGGCACCGGGAAAUCGAGCUUGAUCUUGACGGCGGCGGCGGAGUACUUUCCGCCUAAUGUGCCUCCGCUGCUGCCGCCGACUAGGUUGCCUGACGAUUUCUACCCGGAACGUGUGCCUAUUACGAUUAUUGAUACUUCUUCUAGACCGGAGGAUAAUAAUAGAGUCGCCGAAGAUUUGAAGGCUGCUGAUGCAGUUGUGCUAACUUAUGCUUGUGAUCAGCCUCAAACGCUCGACCGCUUGAGUACCUUUUGGCUUCCAAAGCUUCGUCAGCUGGAGGUAAAAGUCCCUGUGAUAGUGGUUGGUUGUAAGCUCGAUUUGAGAGAUGAGAACCAACAAGUGAGCCUGGAGCAAGUGAUGUCACCAAUAAUGCAACAAUUUCGGGAAAUUGAAACUUGCAUUGAGUGUUCAGCAUUUAAACAUAUUCAGAUUCCAGAGGUCUUUUAUUAUGCCCAAAAAGCUGUUCUUCACCCAACUGCGCCAUUAUUCGAUCAGGAAACACAGACUUUGAAGGAUCAAUGUGUGAGAGCCUUGAAGCGGAUAUUCAUUUGCUGUGAUCAUGACAGGGAUGGUGCCCUAAGUGAUGCCGAAUUGAAUGAUUUCCAGGUCAAAUGUUUCAAUGCUCCACUACAACCUUCUGAAAUAGUGGGUGUGAAGAGGGUUGUGCAAGAAAAGUUACCAGAAGGAGUCAAUGACCAGGGGCUUACACUAACAGGAUUCCUCUUCCUGCAUGCACUGUUCAUAGAGAAGGGACGUCUAGAGACAACUUGGACUGUUCUCAGGAAGUUUGGCUAUAACAACGAUAUACGACUUUCAGAAGAACUAAUUCCAUCUCUCCCAAAACGGACUUCUGAUCAGAGCGUAGAGCUGACGAAUGAAGCAAUCGAAUAUCUUACUGCAACCUUUAACUUAUAUGACAAUGAUGGUGAUGGGGCCCUACGACCACAUGAACUGGAAGAAUUAUUUUCGACUGCUCCUGCAAGUCCAUUCAGUGAGUUUCCAUACAAGGAGGCUGAAGAGAAAAAUGCAUUUGGAGGCAUAUCACUUGAUGGGUUCUUGUCACAGUGGGCUCUCAUGACACUCCUAAACCCAUCUUCUACCAUGGAAAACCUUAUAUACAUUGGUUACGCUGGUGAUGUUUCGUCUGCAAUCCGUGUCACUAGGAAAAGGCGUUUAGAUCGCAAGAAACAACAAUCAGACAGAAGUGUUUUCCAAUGCUUUGUCUUCGGCCCAAAGAAGGCAGGAAAGUCUGCAUUGUUGGAUUCUUUUCUUGGAAGGCCAUUUUCUGAUAACUAUUAUCCAACCACCGAGGAGCAUUAUGCAGUUAAUUCUGUUGAUCAGCCUGGGGGAACCAAGAAGUAUCUAGUGCUGAGAGAAAUUCCUGAAGAUGGAGUUAGCAAACUACUGUCUAGUAAAGAGGCUUUGGCUGCUUGUGACAUAGCUGUGUUUGUUCAUGACAGUUCUGAUGAAUUGUCCUGGAAGACAGCAGCUGACUUGCUGGUACAAGUUGCUAGUCAUGGUGAGAAUACUGGUUUUGUGGUGCCUUGCCUCAUUGUUGCAGCUAAAGAUGAUCUGGAUUCAUUUCCAUUGGCCAUACAGCAUUCUACUAGGGUCAGUCAGGAUAUGGGAACAGAGGCUCCUAUACCUAUUAGCACAAAGUUAGGUGAUUUCAACAAUGUAUUUCGUAAAAUUGUAAGUGCCGCUGAGCACCCACAUUUAAGUAUUCCAGAGACGGAGGCUGGGAAGAGUCGCAAGCAAUAUCACAGGCUUGUAAACCGCUCGCUCAUGUUUGUUUCAGUGGGAGCUGCAGUGGCCAUUGUUGGACUGGCAGCUUACCGUGUCUACGCUGCAAGGAAGAAUUCCAGUUAAAAGGAUGAAGCUUAUCGUCUCUUUAGGAGGCCUUAUAUCCUCAAAACUGUCAAAGCCGUUGUCUUCAAAUUCCCCAGUUUGUUGGGUUGAAAUGUAGAGAUAUGGCAAAAGAAACUUAGUCUAUAAUUACACCCUUUCACCUCUUGCCUUCUCUACAGCGAGACAAGUAAUGUGCUAAUAUUACCCGGUUAAAGGCCCCUUGAAUUAGAUUUUACAAUGAAAUGAGUUAUUAGCUUGUGCGGUGAAAAAUAUUUUCUCCACCCAAAUCAAGCAUUUUAAUCUAUCAAAAUAAAAAUCAGCCAUAUAAGCUGAAUUAAAUAAAGGGUGCUAGGUGCGGAAUAAACACUCGGACAAAGAUCA